AUGACGGAAGACAUACAAGCCUUAGAUGGAGAAGAAGAGGAUGAAGAAGAUCUCCUUGCUGCCCUCGAAGCGGAAGAAGAUGACCCUAACUACCGCGCCAAUCGUAUAAAACAGCUUCAAUCUGAGCUAUCCGACACCAAGUCCAGCGCCCAACACUCGAAUAAUACUGCAUUUGAUGUGGAAAACUCAGAAGAGACUUCAUUAUCUACUGGAACAGAUGCAGUUGUAACGACAAUGCUCAAUAAUUCUCUUUACCCAACGCUUCCGAACGAUCAGUCACUCCUAGACUUCUCCACACAAAUACACCGCUGCGUAAUCCAUUUCUUCCACCCUGAUUUUGCGCGCUGCAGCAUAAUGGAUAAACACAUUACAACUCUUGCGGAGGCUCAUAAUAAACGGGGGAAAGAUGACGCACGUUUUGCUCGAGUCGAUGUGCGGAAUGUACCCUUUAUUGUCGAGAAAUUGAAGAUACGAGUCUUGCCUUGUGUCCUUGGAUUUAUAGACGGAGCUGUUGUGGAGAGAAUUACGGGAUUUGAGGGAUUAGUUGACAUGAAUGCUUUGAUGGGGAAAAAAGGCUCGGGCAAAAGCAAGGGUGAGGAUUUCAAGACGAGUAUGUUGGAGUUUAGACUUGUUCAGACUGGACUGUUGAAGAACGCGGUGCUAUAUGGAGAUGAUGUCGAUGAGGACGAUGAUAUAAAUGAUGAUGAAGAUAAUGAGAGAACGGGAAAACGGAAAAUCAUACGGACAGGAAAGACGAUGAAAAGGCGCGGUGAUGCUGAAGAGGAUGAUCUAGAUUGGGAUUGA